AGAAGGGGCGGGGCCUGCUGGGGAAAACUUCCGGGGAUGAGGACUUCCAUCCGUCCGCCUCGGCGGGUGCGUUGCUGGGCAGAGGGGCCACUCGAGGUAGGCCCCGCCGCCAUUUUGGGAGGAAAGGCGAGGAGGGUGACUCCAGGGAGAGGAAAGGGAAGGAGGAGGAGGCGGCCUUCUUCCUCUGGCUCUGGGCAGAAGAGACUGGGAAGCACUGCAGGCUCCGUCCCGAGGAAAGGCCUCGCUUCCGGGAGACUACGAGAUUUAGAGGGCCAGGCCUGUUGAUAACUAUGGCAUCCCGCGAUGAUAAUACUGACUGUGAAGAUGAUGUAAGCUCUGACUACAGUUACCUGGACAGAAUGACAGAUCUAGUGGCUAUCUGGGAAGUAGCUUUAAGUGAUGGGGUUCACAAAAUUGAAUUUGAACACGGUACUACCUCAGGAAAACGUGUGAUAUAUGUGGAUGGAAAGGAAGUAAUGAGAAAAGAAUGGAUGUUCAAACUUGUGGGAAAAGAGACAUUUACUGUUGGAGCAUCCAAAACAAAAGCUACCAUCAACAUUGAUGCCGUCAGUGGCUUUGCGUAUGAAUAUACCUUGGAAAUUGAUGGGAAAAGCCUUAAGAAGUACAUGGAGAACAGGUCAAAGACAACUAACACUUGGUUAUUACACUUGGAUGGCACAGACUUUAGAGUUGUGUUAGAGAAAGACACAAUGGAUGUUUGGUGCAAUGGUAAAAAAAUGGAAACUGCGGGUGAAUUUGUCGAAGAUGGGACGGAAACACAUUUCAGUAUUGGAAAGCACAGCUGUUGCAUUAAAGCUAUCAGUAGCGGGAAGAGAAGGGAAGGAAUUCUUCAUAUGCUGAUUGUCGAUGAUGGAGAAAUCCCAGAAGCUUUGGAAUAGCUUCCCAUUGUUCUGACCAUUUCAGAUGCAAAGAUCAGGGAUUUUCAAUUACUGUGGUAAUUGAUAACUUUUAAUAUGGACUUCUUGGUACUGUUUAGUUUGUGUUGUUCUUAUUUUCUAGUUACUGUAUAUGAACUUUAUUGGAAGACAAGAUGAGAAUGUAAAGCUAUGUACAACAAUCCCCAGGCAUUCCCAGUUAUUUUUUAAAUUAUAUAUAAGAUCUGUCUAUAGCUAUAUAUUAAUAUUGCAACACUAAAUGGGAACUUUGAUUAAUGUAGAAAUUGUUUACAUGGAAAAUUUUAAUAAAAUAAAUUUCAGAAUAAAUCA